GAAGAAACCCCGUUUGAUGCUUCGUUCUUGCUACUUCCCUUCCCCAAAACGAGAAGAGAAACAUACCCCGGGGCUUUCAUCACUGAUCCAAUCGCAACACUCACUCCGCUGAGAGAAAUCAUUUCCCUCUUUAUAAGAUCUCUCAAAUACCUUUUGGUUUUCGUUUCCCUCUGCAGCAGCAGCGGCGGCAGCAACUUCUCUGAGGUGAAACAGGAACCAUUUCCGAGAAUUUGAACCUGUGGAGGCGGAAUUCGAGAGGACCAAAAUGGUGGUUUUAGCAGCUUCCAUCAUAAGUAAAUCUGGCAAACCAUUGGUGUCAAGGCAAUUUGUUGAUAUGUCACGCAUAAGAAUUGAGGGAUACCUUGCAGCAUUCCCAAAAUUGGUUGGAACUGGGAAGCAACACACCUAUGUUGAGACUGAAAAUGUGCGAUAUGUCUACCAGCCAAUUGAGUCUCUCUACUUGCUGCUUGUAACAAAUAAACAGAGCAACAUUCUUGAAGAUUUGGAUACCCUGAGGCUGCUCUCUAAACUUGUCCCUGAAUAUUCUUAUUCCCUUGAUGAAGAAGGAAUUUGCAAGACAGCAUUUGAGCUUAUUUUUGCCUUUGAUGAAGCCAUCUCUCUUCGGCACAAGGAAAAUGUUACUGUUGCACAAGUCAAGCAGUAUUGUGAGAUGGAAAGUCAUGAGGAGCGAUUGCACAAGUUGGUCUUGCAGAGCAAGAUCAAUGACACCAAGGAUGUCAUGAAGCGCAAAGCUAGUGAGAUUGAUAAAAGCAAGAUUGAAAAGAAUAGAGGUGAGAGAGGUGGUUUUAUGCCUUUGCAAUCAAUGUCAUCUGGUAGAAUUGAUUCUGGCUUUGGAAGUGAUACGAGUUUGCCUAGUACUGGAGGUGGUUAUGGAAGUUCAUCUGGUUUUGGACUGACCACAGAUAUUGAUUCUUUCUCUACUAAGUCAAAAGGUCGUCCAGCUGCAUCAGCUACAGCUCCACCAAAAGGCCUUGGAAUGCAGCUAGGUAAAACACAAAGGACCAACCAAUUUUUGGAGUCUCUUAAAGCUGAAGGUGAAGUUAUUGUUGAGGAUGUGAGACCCACUGUUGGUCAGUCCAAACCUGUUGCUCCACCACCAACUGAUCCCGUAACAUUGAAUGCUGAAGAAAAGCUUAACGUGACACUGAAACGUGACGGUGGUAUCAGCAACUUUGAUGUUCAGGGUACCUUGUCUCUUCAAAUUCUUAAUCAAGAUGAUGGACAUAUCCAAGUGCAGGUUGAAACUGGAGGAAAUCCAGCAAUUCUUUUCAAAACACAUCCUAACAUUAACAAGGAGUUGUUUAACAAUGAAAAUAUCCUUGGACUGAAAGAUCCUUCUCGCCCAUUUCCGACUGGCCAAUCUGGUGAUGGUGUUAGUCUUCUGAAGUGGAGAAUGCAAAGUGGAGAUGAGUCUUUGGUGCCAUUGUCAAUAAACUGCUGGCCUUCGGUUUCUGGGAAUGAGACCUAUGUGAAUAUCGAGUAUGAAGCUUUUUCAUUGUUUGAUCUUCAAAAUGUUGUGAUCUCUGUGCUUCCAGCCCUAAGAGAAGCUCCUAGUGUCCGACAGGUUGAUGGUGAUUGGAGGUUUGAUUCCAGAAAUUCUGUUUUGGAGUGGUCUAUUGUACUCAUUGAUAAUUCAAACCGCAGUGGAUCUAUGGAAUUUGUGGUUCCCCCAGCAGAUCCAGCAUCCUUUUUCCCAAUCGUGCGUUUUACUGCUGCAAGCACAUUUAGUGACUUGAAGGUUGCCAAUAUUUUGCCACUGGGAGGUGGACCCGCUCCUAAAUUUUCUCAGAGAACACUGCUAAGUACAGAGACUUACCAAGUGGUAUGA